UGCUCAGUUAGUUAGAGAUACCCACCGAGCCACUGGAGCGCAAGGAAAGAUAUGUUAGGUUACACAUUAUGUUGGCUAGAGCAGGCAGGGGCUUCCACCACCUCAGCAGCGGUGCCUUUUUACAUUUUUUUACAUAUUUAAAAGCCAAGAUAUCAGAUAAAUAUGUUUUACAUUGCUGCGCAGUAUAAAAGUUUGAUAGAGAUGAGCCUUUAUCCAGGCUUGACAAGGGGUUCUUGGCACAAGAGGCUAGACUGAAAUCUCUUUUUUUUAUUUUUUUUAAGCUUUGCGGAAUAAAUUAAAAAAAAAAACUAAGGUUGAAAUGUCGACAUGAAACCUGCCCACUGCCCAUCUGCCCAUCAACUGACUUCAUUCUUCAACCUGACAGCGUCCUUUCUCACAGACAAGAAGAAGAGGAAGAAAAGGAGAAGCGAGAAGCAGAGGUGAGGCGGCAGCAAAACAGAGAAAGAAGACGAGCCGAGAGGAGGUGGGCUGCACAGUUUUCAGCUCUUACAAGACCGAGGAGGAGAAAGUGACAGCAGCUAGAACUUGGCCACUAGUGAGAUGAAAUUUGGGGAGGAGACGCUGGAGCGCUGCAGGGUACGACAUCCACAGAGAGCCCUAGAAGUGGACCGCCUGGAAGACGAGCCCUCCCUCUCUGGAUCCUGUGCCCCUUCACAACAAAGGAUGAGAGGGGUCCACUUUCACCUUAGUUGCCAGGGAUGUCUGUGCAACACAGGAAGACGCCAACCUCCAGCAUGUUACAUGUGAUGCUACUCCUGAUGCUUUGCAAGAUUAGUCUGAGACGAAAACUGCAGUCUUUUCCGGGGAAAAUGGUAAACACUCUCCACGCUGAUGAGGAAAAGGGAAUCCAAGACAAGGAAAGUAAGGAGGAGAGCAUCUUGGCCAUGCUGGGGAUCAUUGGCACCAUUCUCAACUUGGUUGUCAUCAUCUUUGUCUACAUCUACACCACCUUGUAGGUCUCCACCUCCUGCUGUAUAUCAUCAGCGGGCAGAGGAGAGAUCAUCUGUGUUGUUGCAGCAAUGCUUUGUUGACUGGCUUGGAGACGGAUGAGCUGGAUGUAAGACGAUGCGAUGGCCACGUGGCAUCCACGCUGCAUCCCUUCAAACAACGAUGGGAAACAGACUCGUUGCUUCCCUUUACAGGGAAGAUAGUCCAAAAUGCCGUGAGACGUUUAACUUGUACAUAAAUGCAUGAAGAUACCGCUUAUCUCCACCACAUGGACAUUAAGGACUGCAGAGGGUGGACGUGAAAAUAUGUUUCAGAUUUUUAUUGACUGAAAUGUUGAAAGUUCCUUUGUUCAUUUUUCUCGAAGAUUCUCACAGUAAAACGGAUUAUAUGAGGAUUAAGUGUAGUAAAGGAAAUAGAUAUUCAAAUUGUUAUUGAAGUUGAAGUUUGUUUUUAUACUGUAUUUCUCACUGUUUGGAGUAAAAAAUGAUUUUGGAUGGUGUUUCAUUUCUAAGUUGUGUAUUGUGUAUUUACUAAAACUAACUUUGUCGAUGGCAUAAAGUCAGUUUAAAAUGCUAAAAUGGAUGCACUUCUGCUUGUACAUAAAAUGGUGGGAAUUCAGACAGAUUAGUACAAAAUUUCUCGAUUAUUUAUAAUACUUACGUUAAUGACGCAUCACUUGAGGGUCACCGAGAGAAGAUGAAUUAAUUUGUGUGGGUCAUGUGAGUGUCUCAAAUCGUAUUCACUUGCCUGCAAAAUGAUCUGCUUGUAAGAGUCUUUUCCUGUUUGCUCUCAUUUAUAGAUUAAUUUGACAAUAAUGCAUUAAAAGAAUCGUUCAAAUUUUUUGCCAAUAAUCUGGUUUUCUGCCAACCUCUCAGUGAAGACAAGACUCUUUGUAAGAAGUCUUUGUGGUCAGCCAAGAAAUAGUCCCCGCAGCACUUUGUAAAACCCAAACCUGUUCACUUCACAUUUUUAUCAUGUUAAAAUUACACCGUUUAUUCCUUAAUAAUUGACAAUUUUAGAUGUAUAACAUUAUUUUAAUUCCCCCUUUUCCAGUCAUUAUGUCAAGAUCCUCUCCUCUUAGCUGCAACUUCCAAUUUAACUGACAAGUGUGAGAGUCUCCCAAAAUGAGAAACGUUUACUGAUGAAAUUAGCUACAUGAGAAGACAAAACGCCUUUAAAUAAUGAUGUACAGUAUUUAGCGAAUGUCAUACUAUAGAAAAGAACAGUUACAUGUUUUUGCUAGACGGCCAGUUCAUGAUUUCAGAAAGUGCCUGAGAUCAAAGUGUCUCAACCUCAUCAGUCAAAAGGUCAAGAAAAUAAAAAUAAAAAACCAGUGUGAGCAUCUUCAUAAAGCCCCACAGGACAGUGGAAGAAGAGUGAUGGGACUGGAUUUCUGUUUAAUGGCUUAAUAAAGUCAAUUAGCUUGGGGGUCAAACUUAGCACAUGGACAAAUCGUAUGAAUGUAUUCAUAUUUGAUGUAAAGGGCAUUAUUAUUAUUAUUUUUCCUUAUUGUUUACCUAUCUUUCUUAAAACUAUGAACUGUAUUUUUUAUGUUUUGUUCAUGUGUAUGCUAAAUCUAUUUAAACCUAUUGAUUUGUCUCUUGUGGGUGACAAAUUGAAGGGCUAAACGGCUGCAAUUUGGAAAACAUUAAAUGAAUAUAAGAUGGAACUGAUUUAUUUGCAUGUUCUGUCUUGGUUUGUAUCAUGCCAUCAUAUUAAUAGAAAUAUAUUGAAUUAUGCCAUUGGUGCGGUUAAACUACAUUCAUUAAUGCUACACAUACAGUAUGUACAUUUCCAAAUGACUUUCAGCUUCAUGAAUUCUGAGACAAAAUACUUUAGUGGAACAUUUCUAGCACGGAUAGAAUAAUCUUUGAAAAUCUAUAUUGUCCUGUAUCUGACAGCUGUGUAAGAUUAGAACAGAGCCUUGAAGAAGAAGACGGAGUCAGAAAGCCACGCCUCACUGGAAGAGGCUGCAGCGUUACAUCCUUUCAGACAUAUUUCUGUCUCACAGGAAUAAUCUGAAGGAGGAAGAAAAAAAGAGAGCACAUAGCUAGCAGGACAAAGACACAGAAACCAAAUCACUCUAUUUUUAUUCCAUCUCCUUUUGCUUUUUAAUCAUAAGUGUGUCAGGAUGAUUUCCCACUCCAUUAAGAGUGCUUCGUGACUGUUAACAAACUGGAACAAUCAUGUUGAAGGAGAGAAAAAACACUGGACUGAAAACAGCUUGUUUUUUCUUUAAAUAGGCAAAGAAAAAACCCCAGCUGCUCAAAUUCACACAUGCCCAAAGCCUGCUGUAAGCUAUUGUUUCACCUGCAUCCAGGAGCCAGCCAGCCCGGCCUCGGGAAUCACUGCCUCCUCUGAAGCUGAAUCCCGCUCGGUGAACAAUGUGCGGGAGGUCGCCGUGCAUCACAGAUGGGUGGUUCAGGCGAGCAGAUUGUCUGCGCAGACGUUCCAUCUCUAUCUGAGCUGAGCUGACAAUCGUUCUGAUGGUUUCACAGAGGAGCCGUGCGGGCGAUUAAUCCAUCAGCAGCACAAGCCACAGAAAAUCAACUGACCGGCAACAUCGGGCUGCUUCUGUAAUGAUUCACAAGCAAUUCAACCUGUGGCAGGAAAAUCAUGUUAAAAUGGAACGCCGCGUUGCAAAGCAUUUCUUUCAGUGGGACACAAACCCACUGUGCUUUUAUUCCCAAUAAUCAUCUCAACAGAACACAGAAUAUUUGAUUACAAGCACUUUCAAGCAUGAUCACAGCCGGAUGUGAAAAUAACUCAACUCAAAAGGUCAAAUGUGUAAUCUGUUUUUUGGAAAACUAGUUUGGCUGUAUUAAAACCAUAACUGUGUUUAAGAAUUUGAUAGCAUUUGUAUUAUAAUAAAAACAUUAGAAAAUGUAUCAUUGGAUAGAAACACUAUUGAGAAAGACCAGAAUUACAAGUUUCAGACUGUUAAAUAAAGUAGAAGC